UUCAUUCGACCUACUCUUUAGGAACGAACACCAACACCAAACUAUUUAUGCUCUCUCUCUCUCUCUUCACCACCCGCCGUCGCUUCCUUCUUCGAGAUCCAGCGCGCCUUCCUCGCCGGUAACCUCAAAUCCGACGCCGGAAGUACGGAUUCGCCGAUAUUCUGAUUCGGAAGAAAGCUUGCACGCUGAGAGAGAAGCAGACCAAGGUUGGUUUGGCUUUCCUACGGCUAAUACGAUUCGCUUCCAGGGUUUUUGUAGGUCUUUUCGUUAGGUAAUUGUUCGUAAUGGCGGCGGCGGCGGCGACGGAGGCGACAGCUGAGCAACCAGUUUCUGCGCAAGUUGUUGGGAACGCAUUUGUGCAGCAGUACUACCAUAUUCUGCAUAACUCGCCGAGUCUGGUCCACAGAUUUUACCAGGACAUUAGUGUCCUUGGUCGUCCUGAGGAGGAUGGCUCCAUGAGCAUCACCACCACUAUGCAAGCCAUAAAUGAGAAGAUUGUAUCACUCAACUAUGGUGAUGUCAAAGCUGAUAUUAAAUCAGUGGAUGCACAAGAGUCUCUUAACGGUGGAGUCCACGUUCUUGUAGCUGGCUAUAUAACGGGGAAAGAAAACACAGUUCAGAAUUUCGCUCAAACUUUCUUCCUUGCACCUCAAGACAAGGGUUUCUUUGUCUUAAACGACAUGUUCCGUUAUGUGAAUAAUGUUGAUGCAAAUCCACCAUUGGUUAAUGGAGGUGACGCUCCUAUUGCUGAUGAGCAAACAUUGCCGAUCCCUGCUCCAGUUGCGGAGAAUGAUGUCACCGAGCAAAGCACUCCAUCACCGCCUGCUGAGGAAGCUGCCCCAGAAGUACAAGACCCUCCCAAGAGUGAGGAGGUUGGAAAUGUCGAAGAAGUUCCUGUGGCUAAGGUCGAUGAAGUUGAAGAUGAGUCAGAGAGGGUUGCUGAAUCUAGUGCCAAAGUAGAGGAAGUUCCUAAGAGGUCUUAUGCGUCUAUUGUGAUGCGUCUCAAGGAAACUGCUGCGACCUUCUCGCCCCCUCCCCCUGCCCCUCAAAAAGCGGCACCUAAGAAAAUUGAGCAAGUGAACACUACUUUGAACUCCACAAGCAAUGGACCAGUUCUCAAUUCGGACAGUGCUGAUAAUGGGAACAUCCAAGAGGGUGAAGCAGAUGGUUACUCAAUUUACAUAAAAGGCCUUCCAAUGAAUGCGACAGAGAAGUUACUUGAGGAAGUAUUCAAAAAAUUUGGGGCCAUCAAGAAGGAUGGAAUUCAAGUUAGAAGCAAUAGACAACAAGGUUUUUGCUUUGGCUUUGUGGAGUUUGAGGAGGCAAGUUCUGUGCAGAAAGCAUUAGAGGCUUCUCCUGUGGCAAUUGGUGGGCGCCAUGCAUUUGUUGAGGAAAAGAGGUCCACCAAUUCUCGAGGCAAUAACCGGGGAAGAUUCCAACCAGGAAGGGGUUCAGGAUACAGGACUGAUGGAAUGCGAGGUCGCGGAAGGGGUUAUGGCAGAGGCGGCGAUUUCAAUGGCCGCAGUGACUUUGGCAACAGAGGCGGCAAUCGCAGCAAUGGUUACCACCAUAGGGCUGAUAACAUCAGCAGCAAUGGCGGGGGCGCGAGAAGUACUAGUACGGCGCCUCGAGUGCCGGCCACUGCUUAAAAUAGGGGGGAGGUAAUUUUUGGUAUGGUUAUUUGAGUUGAGUAAUGACAUUAUAUGAUUUAUUUGGAAUAUAUAUAUGUAGUUAGAGUUUACUUUUUGGUUUGGUUUGGUUUGGUUUGGUUUGAUGGAUGGAUGGGUUUAGUUUUGAUCACGUUAUUUGUUCCCACUAGUAUUGUUUUGUGAGUGAGCGAGCGAGUUACGGUAUUAUUAUUAUUAUUAUUAUUAUUAUUAUUAUUAUUAUUAUGUCAUCACUCACUAGGGUAGGAGGUGGGGUGAGGUGAGGUAGUAGUAGUAGUAGUAACGAGGCAAAGCAUUUUUGAACCUUUUUAUUUUUAUUUUUAUUAUUAUGAUUUUU